AAAUUGCAAGCUUGCGUCAUUGACACGUGCCGCGAGCUCAUUUGCUUUAAUUUUGUACAGGUGCACGUGCUUCAAUCCACACACUUAGAUUUCAUUGAUGUCUAACAACAAGCGUCCGCCGGACCCCGCUCCUCUCCCCGGCAGCGCCACCGCCAAGCGCCGCCAUUUUCCGCCGGAAACUGUCUUCCGUGUCGUGUGUCCGCCCUCAAGGAUUGCGGAUCUGACGGCCCACACCGGCGACGGAGUUAAGAUUCUUGUUGAUGACUCUGCUCCUCCAAUCUCCGAUCACGAAUGCAUCCUAGUUGUCGUAACCGCUCCAUCUGAGCAACCACCAGUUACUGCCGGUGAAUGGGAGGGUGGAGUUGAGGCUUCACCGCCUCAGCAAUCUCUUGUUAGGGUUUUGGAACGAAUCGUGGAGCGUGAAGAACACGGUAGUAAUCAGAACGCGAAUUCGACGGUUUCGUUUAGACUGGUUGCUCCGAGCUACCAGGUUGGGUGCGUGGUUGGAAGAGGAGGGAAAAUUGUGGAGAGGAUUAGGCAAGAGAGUGGCGCCAGUGUUAGGGUUUUAGCAAAGGACCAAGUUCCCCUUCCUCCUCCUGGAGAUGAGUUCAUUCAGAUAACAGGAAACUUUGGUGCAGUGAAGAAGGCGCUUCUCUCUGUUUCAGCUUGUAUUUUGGAGAAGGAGGCAUCCAAUUCUGGCGCUUUUAAAUCUUCUGGGCCUGGGGGACACCAUGGAGCAGCACCACCUCACCAUGUUGAACCUCAUCGUGAAAGAUAUGGUCCUGAUAGUCACACCAGGGGUUAUGCUCCUUUUCCUGGGCCUGAAAAUGCUGGGCAUGGUCAUAGGCCGUUUAUUGAAGAGGAUGUUAUCUUCAAGCUAUUGUGUCAGCACGAUAAAGUUGGUAGUCUUAUUGGGAAAGGGGGUUCUGUAGUUCGGGCCUUGCAAAAUGAUACUGGUGCAUCCAUACAAAUUGUUGACACCGGACCUGAUUCAGAGGAACGUGUGGUUGUGAUAGCUGCACGAGAGAAUUCAGAUUUAAAGCAUUCUCCUGCGCAAGAAGCUGUUAUCCGUGUUCAUAAUCGACUUACAGAGAUUGGAUUUGAACCUAGUGCUGCAGUUGUUGCUAGGCUGCUUGUGCGUUCCCCACAGGUAGGCUGCCUUUUGGGCAAAGGCGGUCUUGUUAUAUCUGAAAUGCGAAGAGCCACGGGUGCCAGUAUACGCAUUUUUUCAAAAGAACAAAUUAAAUUCAUAUCCCAAAAUGAAGAAGUUGUACAGGUUAUUGGGAACAUACAAUCCGUACAAGAUGCUUUGUUUCACAUAACCAGCAGGAUUAGGGAGACGAUUUUCCCAAUGAGGGCUCCUCCAAAUUUUAGCGCACCGCCACACAUGCCUCCGUUCCCAGACAUGCCACCUUCAUUUAGACCAAGAAAUCACUUGAUGUCCUCUGGCCACCCCGCUCAUCCUGUUGGCCCUCCUCAUGGAAUUGACCAUUCAGCUGUUCCACCACCGCCACCUGAUCAACAUGGAUUUUCACAUGGUAUGGGUUGUGGUCCACCUAACAUGGACCGAGCUCCAUAUCCUCGUGGUUAUGAAGGACCUAAUUCUCCAAGGUUGUGGAAUCCUAUGGCAGUUAACAGAGGAAAUCCAGGUGGACCAGCUGAUCCAUCGAGUUUGGUUCCAAGAAAUGGGACCCCUGGAAGGAAUGGGAACUCAUUACAUAGUCCAAAUAGCUCAAACGUUGAGGUCACCAUCCCUCACAUGUAUUUAACCCAUGUCUAUGGGGAGAACAACAGCAACCUAGUCCAGAUUCAACAGAUCUCGGGGGCAAAUGUGGUCGUUCAUGAUUCAAAACCUGGGGGAACUGAAGGCAUUGUGACUCUGUCUGGAGCAGCAGAUCAAACACAAUUUGCUCAGAGUCUAAUUCAAGCUUUCAUUUUAUGUGGGCAGACUGCAGCUUGAGACGACAAAGAUAACAUGAAAUCUAGGAGGCUCUCUAUUGUUUAGUAGUGUGUAUACAAGUUUUGUAUUACAAAUUUAGCAUAUUCUUCGUGAAGGGUUAGGAAAAUAUGAUUGAUUUCAUAUUCAACUAAAAUUGCAAGAGGGUAAUGCAAUUGUGUUAUUUUUUGCAUCA